CUCCAGAUUGCUUCCCGACCCCGCUCAGCGAGGACGAGUCUCGUCAAAAAGCUUCCGUGUUCCGAGAGAGCCGCGAUAAAGGCACCGCCGUCCUUGUAUUCUGCGAAUGGUGUUAAGAGGAAUUUCGCUUGCUGCGAUAUUUAACACGCCACAAUGGAGGAAGAAACUGCUGCUACGCCUCAGAUACUCGCUCCCCCGGCCGUGGCCUCGCUCAGGGCUGGUCCGAUGGAGCGCUCCCUCAGCGAGGAUAUCCGAGAGGAGAGGGAGGAGCUACGUGAGGCCGCUGAGCAGACGCUCAAUGUCAUCCUAGAUCUCAACAAUGACGGGACAAUCAGAUGGGUCAGCCCUUCCUGGGUCGACGUUAUCGGAACGCAGCCGGAUUCGGUUGUGGGCACCCGGAUCGCCGACCUCAUCGUCAGCGACAACCCCAACAUCUUCUCCGAAGUCGUUGAGGGCAUGACGCAGGAUGAUAGACGAAGUCAGUUCAUCCGCUUUGCCGUCAAGCUAGGUCCCCUCUCCAAGCUCCUCCCCCCGGAGAUGGUCAAGGAUCUCGAAGGGACUGCCCAACCCGUUGUUAUCGACCUAGAGGCCCAAGGCAUCAUGGUCUAUAGCGGUCCGUCCGCAGGGGAAAGCCAUACCAUGUGGAUGAUACGGCAAUGGGUUGCACCGCGGGAAAUCAAGAUUGAUCUGCCUGCGGUCAUUGUUGACUCGCUGGGGUCGGGCGCGCAAGUGCUUGCAAGCUACCUCACACAGCUCGCAGAGUCAGGUCUGGAUGACCCAGCACAACACCCUCCGCCGCUGCCCGUUCUCUGCCGGAUAUGCGAGCGGCAGAUCUCGCCGUGGUGGUUCGAGAAGCAUACAGAGCUGUGCCUACAGGAACACCGCGCUGAAAUGGACGUCCAGAUGUCUCAAGAGGCCCUAACGGAGCAUCGCCAUGCCAUUGUCAAGGUCCUGGAUGCGCUCGAGGCAAGGCACAGCCGGUCACUGGCGGGAGGGGUUCCAAUGAACCUUCCUGUCGCCGAGUACAAGGGCUUACCAAUUGGUCCUCCAACAACCUCGUCGAGCUCGUCGUCCGGGAACUCGUCUCCUGCACCCGGUACAGCCCCUGGUCGGUCACGUGAACGCUCCUCUGGGUUCGGACACGCGCGGGCUAGGUCGUUUGCUGUCCGCAGACCGCAGGCUAGAAUCGUUGAACUGCUGCUUGACUUGUGUGACACGGCCAUUGAGAUCAGUACGCCUGCCAUCAAAGAAUCGUCUCAGGCCCCUGGUGAAUUCCGCACGCAGUCACCGCAGUCCGAAGGCCGGAUCGCCCAAGUGCUGCAGUGGGAGACGCCGGGGACAAAUACUCUGGAGCAGGAACAAGGUCUCGCGCUGCUAUGUGCCGACACCGAAAGAGUGGCCAAGGAAAAGGUCGAGGCUGUCUUCCGCCACCGCAGGAUUCUCGAGUAUUCUGAGCGAAUCCGUGUGGAGUUUGCCUACAUGGUUCAGGACUGCAUCGAUGCUGCUAUGCACAAGGCUGCCAAGAUUGCUGCUGGCCGUCUCAGUGAUUCUACCGAUGAUGAAGAGGAAGAGCUCAAAGUCCCGCCACCUGUGGGCGAAGAAGGCAUCUUCGCCGGAUCUUUCGAUGCUCCCUCCACCUUAGCAUUGGCUUUACAAAAGGCAGAUAUCAACGAAGAUCCCGACAAACGUCGGCUGUCAAUGCCGCUGCAUUCUCCGAGGUCAAGCAGCCCCAAGGAGUGCCCGACGCCCCGAUCUAACCGUGGCCCUCUCGGCUCUCUAACGGGCGCCAGCCAAUCCCGACGGGAGUCUAUGAUCUUCGAAAGCGACGCUGGGGAGAGUGACGGCAGUCUCAGGUCUUCCUCGGUGGCGUCCAGGGCACCACAGCGGACCGACUCUCCAAUGUCCGAGUUCGGGGAUCUCCGACGUCAGGCGAGCUCGCGGCAACACCACCGCAGGAGUCUGAUUCUCCCGGGCGCCGUGUCGCCGCGCAGACAAGAAUCACCCUCCAGAGGCGGACACCCGCCAUCCUCGCCCCUCCGGAUCAACAAACCACGGAAUCUGCCGUUCCUGCCUUCUGAUGCUCUGGUGUCGCCGGAAGCGUCGCCGAUGCUUCCGGGCAGCGAAUUCACGUCCCCCAGCAUUUCCCACACGUAUCACCACCACCGGAGACAGUCGUCGGCUGCAGUGUCUUCCAAUCCCGGCGAGGGACCGGGACCGGCGAAACCCCCGCCAUCUCCCCGCCUAAGCGCUGUUGUUGGUGGCCCCCAGGCCAAAGCGGUCCCUCCGUCGAUCAAAGAUUUCGAGAUCAUCAAGCCUAUCAGCAAGGGCGCCUUUGGCAGCGUCUACCUGUCCAAGAAGAAGUCCACAGGCGAGUAUUUCGCCAUCAAGGUUCUCAAGAAAGCAGACAUGGUCGCCAAGAACCAGGUAACCAACGUCAAGGCUGAGCGGGCUAUCAUGAUGUGGCAAGGCGAGAGCGACUUCGUGGCGAAGCUAUACUGGACCUUCUCGAGCAAAGAUUACUUGUACUUGGUGAUGGAAUAUCUCAACGGAGGAGACUGUGCCUCCCUCAUCAAGGUGCUGGGAGGUCUGCCGGAGGACUGGGUCAAAAAGUACCUCGGAGAGGUCGUGCUUGGUGUCGAACAUCUGCAUAGCCGCGGGAUUGUGCACCGGGACCUGAAGCCAGACAACCUGCUGAUUGACCAGAAAGGGCAUUUGAAGUUGACGGACUUCGGCCUAUCACGCAUGGGAUUGAUCGGACGGCAGAAGAGAGCUCUUACUAGCGGUGCCGAUGCGGCGCCUGACCUCCUUAAGCAAGGGCCAUUCGCUCGAUCUACCUCGAUGGCUUCGUCCCGAUCCACCUCGCUUGAUCUCCACGGGCGCACUCACUCCCCAGGCUCCACCCCGCAGAUGACGCCGAGCGAUUAUGCGACCAGCUUAGGGCAGCCGUCGUACUUCAGCCUGGGGGCCUUCUCACAAGAGCCGCGUCGUAUUUCGAACCAACGCAGCGAUAGUGGCGGCAGCGAGACCUUAGUGCGGAUGCUUGGGGGAUUGUCCCUGAAUGAUCCCCUGACAAACAAUUCGCAGGCUAUUCUGUCUCCCGCUGAGGGCAGCGAGGCUGAGGGUACUGGGUCCCCGGAUCUGGUUUCACUUUCCCACACGACUACCCAGAAUAGUACCGAGUCCAAAGGAACACCUCCACAGCCAGCCAUGCCCCCGCCGAACUGGGCGCUCUUCGAUCCGGAAGACAAGGACCGUCGGUUUGUGGGCACGCCCGACUACCUCGCGCCGGAGACGAUCAAGGGCGAACCGCAAGACGAGACGAGCGAUUGGUGGUCUGUUGGGUGUAUCAUGUUCGAGUUCCUCUACGGCAUCCCUCCAUUCCACGCCAGCGAGCCAGACCAGGUCUUCGAGAACAUCUUGGCACGCAGAAUUCAUUGGCCGGAAGAGGGCGAGGACGAGGUUUCGCCGGAAGCCAAGGACCUUAUCAAUAAGCUACUCUGCUCAGAUCCUCACCAACGCUUGGGCGCGAACCGCGAAGAGAAGUUCCAGUCCGGGGGCGAGGAGAUUCGCAGCCACCCCUGGUUUAAAGAUCUGAACUGGGACACGCUGCUCCAGGACGAGGCCCAGUUUGUCCCGCAACCCGAGAAUCCUGAGGAUACCGAGUAUUUCGACGCUCGUGGAGCCACACUGCAAUCCUUCGCCGAGGAGAUGGAAGAUCAGCACUCGCCACCCGCGUCUGCACCAACUGCCGACUACCCCGACCGCCCGCACGACGCCCUGUCCCGUGUCAGGGCCCAGGUCAACUCGAUGAAGCGCGGCCUUAUGCCGUUGCACAUCCCCCCGCAUGUUCGAGACCUGAAGAGCAGACGCUUGAGCGAGCCGGUGGCUGGUGAUGACUUUGGCAACUUCUCGUUCAAGAACCUGCCCGUCCUCGAAAAGGCGAAUAAGGAUGUGAUUCAGAAGCUUCGGGCCGAAGCGAUGGCAGCCCAGAGCAAGCCCAUCAGCCCCAGCGGCUUGGCCAGUUUGACAUCCCCGGCGGGAUCUCUCGAGGGCAGCCCCGCUAUCGCAAACCCUGUUCAGAGAACGCUGUCAAACGCCAAGGCAUCCCACAGACCGCAGUCCCCAUCUGGCGUAAGUCACGCCAACUCGUCUCCCAAUCGCGCCUCGCAGCCGUCGUCUCCUUUGCUGGUUUCCUUCGUCGCUGGCCCGGGUCCCGAUAGCAGACGGAAGACGUCAAGCACCUCCUCGAGCAUUUCCCAGCCUUCUGGGAACUCGUUACAGCCGGGGAGCUUCUUCGAGAUGCCGCGCGUCCCGCCCAGUCUGCAGAAAGCGGCUACCACGAUUGCCGCCAACCCAUCAUCUGCCAAAUGCAGGGGAGGUGUUCCUGCCUCAUUGCCGCUGUCGUCGCCGCAAAAGCCCGUGACAAACCAUGUGGUGUCUACGCCGCGACACGGCAGCACCUCAUCCGGCGGGCGCUCUCGUUCGCUCACGGUUGGCUCGCAAGAUGGGAGCCCGGUAACAACGGAGAUGCUGGCAGCUCACCAUAGGAAUCGCCGUAGCCAGGUCUUCGAUAUGUCACCGUCAUCUUCCGACAAUGAGGCUGACAAGGCCAACGCGCUGCUCAGAGUUCAACGACGCCGGCAAAGCGCAAGACGCAUGUCGUAUAUCGCAGCAGACGGCCCCGUCUUCCGCCCUCUAUAUGUGCUCAUCUGCGAUGACCAUCCGGUCUCGCGGAUGGUAAUGGAGAAGUUGCUCGAAAAAUUGCGAUGUCGCACCAUCUCGGCGGCGACGGGCAGCGAAGCGAUCCGGUAUGCCAUGAGCGACAUCAAGUUCGACAUCAUGUUCCUGGAGUUUAGGCUCCCAAAGCUCUCCGGGUCCGAUGUCGCGCGUAUGAUCCGCGAUACUAAACAUAUCAACAUGCACACCCCGUUGGUCGCCAUCACGUCUUACCUGAAGGAGCUGCCUGCGCCUCAAUACUUCGAUUCUCUCGUCGAGAAGCCCAUCAGCUCGUCGAAGCUCACGGAGGUGUUAAGCACGCUCUGCCAUUGGAAGGCCCCAUCCCCAGGGCAGGCCAACUCGCUCUCCCUGGCGCUGCUGCCACACCCUGUCCCGUCUGGCCUGCGAACGGAGAGUCUGCGUCUCGAGGAUAGCCCGACCUCAGCUUCGUCCGGAUACGCAAUGCGAUCUGGGAGUAGCUUCCGCGAGGACUCCAUCAGUUCAAGUCUUUUCGGGGACUCCGAAUCCGUUGCCACCGACGACAUUCCCGUCCUCAUCAGUCGCAAAGCCACAGGCGACUGGGACGAGGGUGGGCUCUGCAUCUCGGGGCCCGAGGAUCAGGUUCUCCUAGGGUCUAACAACCCGCUGGGCUCUCCCCUCCAGCCUCGUCUUAUCACGCAGCGAUCCGCCCCGCCGCAGAUUGAUUCCUCACCUCUUCGAGCGAAAGGACCCGUGCCACAGCGAUCACUCGAGAAGCUGAAGGCGAAGCGCGAAUCGAUCGAGAAACGCAGGUACGAAGGCAGCGUCGAUUCGGCCGACGACGAGGAUGAUGAGCUCGGUCUCGGCGCGGCACCCGCCCAGACAGGCAGCGGCAGCGGCAGCGGCAGCGGCAGCGGCAGCAGUGGCAGUGGCAGUGGCAGUGCUAGUGGCAGCAACCCUGGUUCUCCGUCGGGCCAACAAUAUCGCAGCAAGUCGGUCCUGCCGUCGUCCAAGCUUGGGAUUGAAAUGAUGCGUGCGAAUAGCCAUGACAGUUUGCUCACUGGGUCCGAAUGUGCCAGUACCGUGGAGCCGGCAACUCAGGUAGUCACUCCGAAUCAGGAGGUGCAGCUGGCCUUCCCCGAGCCGGACCCCAUGGUUCACCUGGUGACGCAGCCGGUGACGCCGGCGCCGCAUACUGUGGCCGAAAAGCAAGGUCAAGCUGCUCCUGUCGUGCGCACUCCGCCCGAACUCGAGCCAGGAGCACCGCCCGAUGUCGAUGUCGAUGUCGACGAAACACCACGGCCGAGUUCGUCUCUCGGGCGGAACCCAAUCGAGGAUGAAGACCCAACCCCAAGACGGCCGCCUGCGAGGACUGCCGAUAGAGACGAUACGAUGUCGCCACUCCCCGGAGGGAUCUAACCCAUCAUCAGCCAUCUACGACGCCUUGCGUACAGCACUUGACUCAAAUCCUGUCGGGCAAAAAAGGCUAUUCUGAGCCACGGCAUGCUAUAUCAUGCGAUCACGCCUAGUAUUUCCUUGCGUCUGUUUCACAUUUGAUUUUCUUUGCGUUUUCUCCUUUCACCGGUCCAGAAGCGCGGC